CUGCUGUCCUCCUUGACAUUCUCUCUAUACUAUACUAUAAGGAAGUAUAAUGAAAAGAGGGAUUUUUAUAUUACACUACAAUCAAAAAGUAUCGUAUUUGGUAUUGCUAUCAACUGUAUUACUAUCAUUAAUUCAAUUGUUUUAAUUUCAAUUAAAUCCAAGUAAUGAAUUAAAUUAUGCUUCUUGUGCUUUGUUGUUAUUGAGUACUAUCUAAAUAUUUACAAAUCAACUUUUGUAACGUUGAUUUUAAUCAAUUUUCGUUUAGAUUAUGUUCUAUACACGAGACGGCAAGACCAACAAACUAGCAUACAAUCAAGCAAUGGAAUGAAAUUAAGGGCUUUGACAACCAGUCCACGCCAAGUAGUAAAUCAUGAUUGGAAAGGGAACAAUGAAUGGGGAUGGUGCGACGAGUGUGCUUGACGAAACGGACAGGACAGGUCCAGUUGCCAGCAAUUUUUGCCGAGAUUUUAUACGUGGUUGUUGUAGUCGAGACAAUUGUAGGUUCAUACACGAAAUACCCCCUACAGCUUGUUUGAAGGAACUGUUCCGAUUUUGUCAUGAUUUUCAAAAUAAAGGUUGCUAUAGAAAUAACUGCAAAUUUAUUCAUAGUACCGUAGAAGAAGAGGAGAACUUUUAUAGUAGUGGCGUAUUCCCACGGGACCCUCGCAAUAUACCCGUGUGCCAAGCCUAUAUACAUGGAUCCUGCACCAAUCAAGACUGUAAACUGUUUCAUCCACCCGAUGUAGGGAGUAAAGAAGUAGUUCCAGUGCUUAUGGUCCCAGCUCCAACAUACAAUCAACCGUUACCACCAAUCAGAGAUGAAGAUUCACCACCUGAGGCCAAGUUCAGAAGGUAUGCAUAUGAAGAUACAAUUGAUAAACAGAUAUUAACCACAACAAAUUUAUGUCCUAACUGUGAAAAUUUGGACCAUAAAGUGAAGUUAUUACAUGAUAAUAUUAGUGUUCUAUUAAAAAAAGUUGCAGAUUUAACAGAGAAGAAUGUACAGUUAACUUCCAUGAAUGAGUUUUUGUUGGAACAGACAGCAUCAAUAAGGAGUGAACAAUCUUGUGUUAUUACCUCAAGGCAUGGUACUUCAGCUCCUGUAUCUUUAGCUACUGUGAGUGUAACUCCUGUAGUAAGCCUUGCUGGUGCUUUGCCAACCCUGGUUCCUGCUGCAGCCACUCCAAAUUUAGCAUUAGCACCAGCUGCUUCACGUGCACAGCUAUUAACACCAGCACCUCAAAUACUCACAGUUAGCACUACACAACAACUUGUUGGGAAUUCUGGUGCACUAAUAGUGACCAGUGCUGGAGCUCAACAGCUAAUGCAAGUUAGUGACUCUGGCACUUUAAUGGGAGGUGGACAAACUGUGGUGGUGACACCUGCACAACUAACAUUGGCUCCACCUGCUCAGCAAUUGAUGAGUAAUUCACAAACAGCUGUGCAACAAUUGGUACAGCAGUCGGCUUUGCAAUCUCAGGUUGUUCCUCAACACACAGCACCACAGUUUGCAGCUGCUCAGCAGUCGGUGCAACAUCUGGCUGCAGCACAACAGUCUGCCCAGCAUCUGGCUGCAGCACAACAGUCUGCCCAACAUCUAGCAGCACAGCAGUCUGCACAGCAUUUAGCGGCACAGCAGUCCGCCCAGCAUUUGGCAGCGCAACAGUCGGCACAACAUUUGGCUGCUCAACAGUCGGCCCAGCAUUUAGCAGCACAACAGUCAGCUCAACAUUUGGCUGCACAACAGUCUGCUCAACACUUAGCGGCACAACAAUCUGCUCAGCAUUUAGCAGCCCAACAAUCUGCACAGCACUUGGCUGCCCAACAGUCAGCACAGCAUUUAGCUGCUGCACAGCAAUCAGCACAACAGUUAGCGGCUGCAGCACAGCAGUCAGCUCAACAAAUAGUGGCACAGCAAUCAGCCCAGCAACUUGCUGCUCAACAGUCUGCUCAGCAACAGCUUGUCCCUUCUGCACAGCAUUUAGUGCAUCAGACGUCUACUCAACAGAUAACUAUAUCUAGUACUAGUCAACCAAUGGCUCUGCCCAAUUCACAAGCUCAGCCAAUAACAUUCCCCAUAAUAUCCCAAAGUAUAUUGCCUCACUAAAACUUGCAUUUUAAGUACUAGAAUGUUAUGUUUGGAAUUGGUACAUAAAGCUUAGAACUGUCUGUAAUUAAGGAUAAUAAAUAUUAGGAUCUUGCAUUGUAAAAUGCAUCAAUUUGUGAUUGCUAGUUAUUUGAAAUCUUUUUUCAAUUAGUCUAGGACGUUAAGACUAGCAAAAAAUGUUAGACGACUUUAGUACAUUUAGUAGUAAAUUAAUCAGUAUUUUUAUGAGUAACGUUGCCUAUAUAUAGUAUUUGCAUUCAAUAAAAUAUGUUUUGUCUUCAAACUCUUGUGCUUUUAGCAGUUUUAUUUUAUAUUUAACAUGUGUGCAUAAUUUAUCUUGUAAUGUAAUUUUUAUAAUAAGUACUUGUCUGACUGACGACAAGUUUCGAGUCCUAUGCCACAUAUGAUUUUUGAAGCUAAAUCUAUUAAUUUAUAGAAGUAUGUAUAUGAGACUAUUAAUUUGAUUUAAAAAAAUGUUUUCUUUAAUAGAAAGUUUAUCAACGAUUCUUAAUACUUACACGCUAUUUUAAGACGUUCUGAAAUUUAAAACAAAUGUAGAAAUUUGAAAGCGCCACCACACUAUUGUAUACAUUUUAUUCUAUUAUAUUGAUAAAAAAAAUACGAUUUGUGAAACUUAUAGGUAUGUAAAGAAAAUUAUACAUAUAAUUAUCAAGUAUCCGAAAGAGUAAGUUUUUGUUGUUAUAACCGUGGUCAGGGUUGUAAUGUACCUAGUUAUUAACUGAUUUUUGUCAUAGUAGUAAUAGCUUUCCCUGUCUUAAUGCGGUGGCCUACACCAUAAGAGAGCCUUUUGGGUAGUUCGAAUCAAGUCAAUACCUAAAAAUUUGUGAUGAUAAUUGUUUUUUUAUAUAAAAUCAUACAUGCCAUUUGAAAAUUUUAUAUGAAACUAUGUUUUUUGUAUAUGUUAGAAAACACGUUACUUCUACAUCAAUAUUGUUAACCGAUAUUGAUGAUAAUUUUUGAUUAUCCCAUGAAAAUUAUUUUUUGUCAUCCCAAUUUUCAAAUACGUAGUAAAUACUUAACCUACAUAAUUGGCUAGAACAUUUUGUGUAAAAAUUUAUAGUUAAAUCGAGUCUUACUCUAAAGUGAUAUUACCGAUUUAGUAUUUGAAUAAUCUUACUGUAUGCUUUCAUGAACAUGCUGUAAUUUAUUUUUAAUAUUAAAAGGGAUUUUUAAAACA